AUGUGUGAGCGUGAUCCGGUCGCUAAGCUUGCUUGCUCUGUAUCAGGAAAGGAAGGCAGAAUCAAAGUUGUCCAAAUGGCUGCUGCUAGAGCAGAAAUUCUGUGUCCGCAGGUUAUCUGUGCAGCACUGGCACUUGUUUCUAAACCAGGAAGUAAGACAUUACAAGACAGCACUGAAGCCUACAAAACUGCCUGGGAAAAUAAUGUGCACUUCCUUACCGAAGCAGUAGAUGACAUUACUAAUAUUGAUGACUUUCUCAGUGCAUCUGAGAAUCAUAUCCUAGAAGACAUGAAUGCAUGUGUUCUUGCAAUAAGUGAACGAGAUACUGUACUUUUUGAGCAGUCAUCCAGUGCUGUCUGUGGACGUGCUGCAAGACUAUCUCAAGUGGUAGCAGGAGAAAUGGACAACUAUGAGCCUGGUGUGUACAUGGAAAGUGUAAUGAAAAAUGUUUCAUUUCUGUCAAAGACAGCAAUCCCUGAAUUUUUGUCUCAAGUGAAGACUACAGUGGGAUUCUUCACCAUGAAUAUAGUGGGUCAGACUGAUAACAGUGCAUUUGUUGAAGCAUCAAAGAAGGUUUAUGAUGCCAUCCAUGACAUUAGGUCCUCUGUUUUGUUGAUCAGAACACCAGAAGAACUUGAAGAUGUGUCUGAUCUUGAAGAACUCCCAGAAGAUAGCAGUCAAGACAGUGUUCAAGCCAAACAUAGACCUCACAUGGGUAAUAUGACUUCAUGGCCUGAGGCUGAAAAUGCAGAAAUAGCUGAACAAGUAGCUGGCUUCAGAAAAGUGAAGAGUAAGCUGGAUGCUGAAAUUGAAAUAUGGGAUGAGACUAGCAAUGACAUAAUUGUUCUUGCUAAGCAGAUGUGUAGGAUAAUGCUGGAAAUGACAGACUUCACUAGGGGAAGAGGCCCUUUGAAGAAUACUACAGAUGUAAUCAAUGCUGCAAAAAUUAUAUCUGAAGCUGGUUCAAAAUUAGAUGAAUUAACUUCUGAAAUUGCAUUUCAGUGUCCAGACCAAAUUUGCAAACAAGAGUUGUUGGCAUACCUCGCACAGAUACAGUUUUACUCUCAUCAGCUGAGGAUCUGUAGUCAGGUUAAAGCUGAAAUUCAGAAUUUGCAUGGAGAGCUCACCAUGCCAACACUGGAUAAUGUCACAUCCCUUAUUGUGGCUGCAAGAAAUCUAAUGAAUGCUGUGGUACAAACAGUAAAAAUGUCAUAUGUUUCUUCGAAUAAGAUUAUAAAGAUCCAUUCCACAUCUGGUCCAUGGCACCCUGCUGUCAUCUGGAGAAUGAAGGCUCCUGCAAAAAAACCUUUGAUAAAAAGGGAGAAGCCUGAAGAAGCUGUAGCAGCUGUUAGAAAAGGUUCUACUAAGAAGAUGAUCCACCCUGUUAAAGUCAUGAAUGAAUUUCAGGGAAAGGUUUUUAAGUAACACUGAAAUGUGGUCUUUUUGACAUUUAUUAUUUUACCACUUAUUUUUAACUAUUUCUGAUAUAAAAGAUGCAUAACAAAGAGAGACUGGGAUCAUAAAUAUUUGAAUAAUGCCUUCUCAUGAAAAACAACAGAAAAACAGACCUGAUUUUCAAAAAUGAAUACAAAGACAUAUCUUAUGUAAGUGUUACAUUAAAUAGUACACAGACGUGUCUGCACAUAUUCACUUUGUAGGCAAUAAUGGAACAACAGUUAUACAUGGAAAGAUUAAAAGAAAUAGAGCUGUGCUGGUCAUGAAAAAUAACUGAAGUAUACACAUUUUCAAAGAUAGCGCACCAUACCAAGACUGCAUCACUUUAGUAACUUGCCUAUAUUAUACGAUUACAGCAUAGCUUUCUAGUAACUGUCAAUAAAUGUAAAAUAAAUACUAUAAUUUUAAAGAUAAAAUCCUUCUGAAAAUAUGUAAAAGUAUUUGUGCGAUACUGUUCUGCUCCCUUUGAAUUUGUCUUUGUUCACAUACAAUUAACAGUACAAUAUAAUAUGUUACAUACAGUUGUGUUACUUUAUUUGAAGGCAACAAUUAUAUUGCAGUUUCAAACAUAGUAUAACAAUAUUUUGAUCUCCCUAGUUAAAAUUAUUGUAAUUUUCUGGAAAGAAAGCAAGUACAUACUUAAAAUUCAGAUCUCAUUAUGGAAGUCCCAGCUGAGAAAAUACGAUACAGGGUUCCACAUCAAUAAGAACAAAUUGCUAUUGCGGAGAUGUUUCUAAAUGCUUUGAAAAUAAUGCUAUCUAAUUAAUAGUUGUGAAAAACAGGUUCUGUUGCUAUACACAUUUCCCUGUAUCUUAUAUUUUAGUCUAAUCUGAAUGGUAAAAGUAUUUUAUAAAAGCAAGUGUAUAUUUGUGCGUAUGCAUUUAUAUACGCAUGUGCAUGAGUACAGAGUAUAUGUAUGAGCAUGUGUUUUUUUUGUCUGUGCUGGGCAUUGCUAAAAAUGACAACAAAAUAAUUCUGCUGGAUUACGCACCUGAAAGAGUUCUGAUCACUCAUCAGAUUUCUAUUGCAGUAAGUUUACUGUGAAUAGGGUGUUUCUUCACUCCACCUAUAGGUUUAUAUACAGCGCUUAGUGUUGGCUUUCUCCAGCAUGUGCUUUAAGAUAAACACUUAGUACAUAGCCUGCUGUGAGUUUGUUAGGUAUUCAUUUUUAAAUAUACUAUAGCAUAGUCUUCUGUUUUAAAAACAACGUACACAGUUUGUUAUUCUUUAAUGUGGCAAUUAAAUGCAUUUUAAUUUGUCUUCAUAAUGUUAUCUAGUAUAUUUUGAAAAGAUGGAACACAACUUAUAAAAAUUGUUAGAUAUGCUCUGGUUAUAUCUGUCAUGCAUUUUACUUCUUAAUCAGUAACCUUUAUUAAUAGAUGAGUCUCAGAACGGGUUAUCACUCUAGGACUCAUAAUCAUAGCAUCGUCCUUAUAUACGCCCUGUCUUGUCCUCUAAAGCAGUACUACUACAAUA